AUGUCGACCGAAGCCGCACACUCAGAGAAGCCCAGGCAAACAUAUGAAGCUGGUUGUCACUGUGGUUUCAUCAAAUUCAGCUUCACGCUCUCCCCUCCGCUGCCCGAGUACAAGGUCCUCCAGUGCAACUGCUCCGCCUGCCGCCGGUUCGGCUACCUGCUUGUCUACCCCGACCGCGAGGAUGUCAAGUGGCACGGCGACAGCGAGUCACAGGUGCUGAGGUAUCGCUUCAACACCAAACAGAAGGACCAGAUGUUCUGUGGCAAAUGCGGCGCCAGCCUGGGUAUUGACUUCCGGGACGUGCCCAAGCCCAACGGAUACGGGAUCAGUGCGCGCACCAUCAACGGCAUUGACCUCGACACGCUCCAGUACAAAAAGCUCGAUGGGCUGCAGAGGGUCGACCCCCCAGGGGACCUGUCUGGCCAGUGGCACGAGCAAGGCGCCGAAACCGUAACCGAGUCUGCUUGA